AUGAGGAACUUCUUUGCACUCUUCACUGGGUUUGUUCUGCUUAUGCCGGCUAUCAUUGCGUCGCCUGUCUCAUUCACUGGAGGCAAAGGCCCCGGAGAUGGCAACCGUGUGGCGGAAGCUCCGGCUUCUGUUGUGGUGGCCAUGAAUGCAGAUCUGGAGGUCACGGCUCCUCUAGGUCUUUCAAUUUUGACUACUGCUUCAAGAUUCCAGCUGGCGGCGUCGGCAAGCCUGGCUAUCCCAGCCAUCCGGAGCAUCCUGGGUACCCAAGCUAUCCCAACAAACCCAAAAAACCCGAGUAUCCUGAGCAUCCUGAGCACCCCGGUCACCCUGGUAAUCCCAGUUAUCCAAGCCAUCCCGAAUAUCCUAGCUAUCCCGGAGACUCGAAGACCUCAAAAAAUUGAGUUCCUUGGGAACCACAAGAGUCGCAAAUCAGUGCUUUGCAAGAACUCUCGGUGA